CAAGGCACCUUUAAAUAACCCACACCCGGAGUGGUUUCAUCUGCAGGCAAGAGAAAGUGGAAACAGCCCCCAAAGGUCUCCCGUCUCAAAUAAACACUGUAGGCAACUUUGCCUUUGAAACUGAAGUGCUUGAGGCAGCGAGGCGGACAACUGUUGGUAUCCUGCUACUAACAGGUUUGUCUUUCAUUGUCUGUAACAACUGUUCUCGGAGGCUGACAGAAACAAAAACAAAGAGAAUUACCUCUGACUGUUCUGAAAGGAAAAGGGGGCCAGACUUUCAGUUUGAGGGCGUGGUGUAGUUCGAAAGAAGAGAAUUUAUUCCCCGAGUUGCCAGGAGCCAGGCAGAGAGGUCGCCUUUCUGGGGCCUGAUGCUCCUCAGUCGAUGCGUUUUCAGGGCGUGCUAGUGGUGGUUGUGGUGGUGAUUUCGUUAGCACAGAGCCCCGCCAGUACUCACAAGCUUCUACAGAGUGCCAUGGCUGUCAGACCCGCUCGGGUGAUAGUGUGGGCUUGUCAACACUGUUUCAGGUUUCUCUCCACCGCCUAAACCCCUUCCUUGGAGGACAAAGAGCAGAGACCAUCUUGUUCGGUAGUUGGCUAAUGGCCGUGUGCACCAGAACCAACAAGGUGAGGCAACUCAUGCAUCUGUAAUCCUGCGUCUGACUGAACUCCAGUUUUCUCCUCUCCCAAGUGGUGAAACAGGAAGCAACAUCCCAUCAGGAAGAACCAGAAGGUGCCAUCCAGUAGCUUUGCCUCACGUCACCCAUCGCCCUCAGUCAGAAAUCUAGACGUGCAACUUUAGAGGGUGGGUCUCUCUGAAAGAAUUUCAGAGCUUACACAGAGAUGAGGUGUGUUGCUCUCUGACGAGAACGAGGCUGACUGGAACGCUGGAAAUCUGGCUCUGACUGCUCUUCACAGGCAAGGGGCAUCUUUUGUGGACUGAAGUUUCUGGAAGGGAUGUUGUGAAAGGAAAGGCAAAACUUUUACAUAUAUCUCCACAUACCUAUACACAGAGUACUUGAAUUUCUUCGCAGAAAGCUAUCCUAUAUACUCAAGAAUGUUUCAGACGUUUAAAGAAUGGUUUUGGUUGGAAAGAUUCUGGCUUCCUCCAACAAUCAAGUGGUCAGAUCUUGAAGAUCACGAUGGACUCGUCUUUGUAAAACCCUCUCAUUUGUACAUGACAAUCCCAUAUGCUUUUGGCUUGCUGAUCAUUAGACAUUUCUUUGAAAAGUUUAUUGCUACGCCUCUAGCAAAAUCAUUUGGCAUUAAAGAGGAAGUUCGAAAGAAGAUUACACCAAAUACUGUCUUAGAGAACUUUUUCAAACAUUCCACAAGGCAACCAUCUCAAACUGAUAUUUACGGACUGGCAAAGAAGUGUAACUUGACAGAGCGCCAGGUGGAAAGAUGGUUUAGGAGUCGGCGGAAUCAAGAGAGGCCGUGCAGGAUGAAGAAAUUCCAGGAAGCUUGCUGGAGAUUUGCAUUUUACUUAAUGAUUACUGUUGCUGGAAUUGUCUUUCUUUACGAUAAACCUUGGGUAUAUGACCUGUGGGAGGUGUGGAAUGGCUAUCCCAGGCAGGCCUUGCUGCCGUCCCAGUACUGGUACUACAUUUUGGAGAUGAGCUUUUAUUGGUCUCUGAUAUUUAGCCUUGGCUCUGAUGUUAAGAGGAAGGAUUUUCUAGCUCAUGUCAUCCACCACCUGGCUGCUCUUAGUUUGAUGAGCUUCUCUUGGUGUGCUAAUUAUAUUCGCAGUGGGACCCUCGUGAUGAUUGUGCAUGAUGUGGCGGACAUUUGGCUGGAGUCUGCUAAGAUGUUUUCUUAUGCCGGAUGGAAGCAAACCUGUAACACCCUGUUUCUCAUCUUCUCUACCAUAUUUUUCAUCAGCCGCCUCAUUAUCUUUCCCUUCUGGAUUUUAUACUGCACAUUGAUUCUGCCUCUGCACUACCUGGAGCCUUUCUUCUCAUACAUCUUCCUCAACCUCCAGCUCCUGGUCCUACAAGCCCUUCACCUGUACUGGUGCUACUUCAUCCUAAAGAUGCUCAGAAGAUGUUUAUUCAUGAAGAACAUCCAGGAUGUGAGGAGUGAAGAUGAGGAUGAGGAUGAGUAUGAAGAAGAAGAGGAAGAGGAGGAGGAGAAGGAAGAAAUCACCAAAGGCAAAGAGAGAGACUGUUUGAAGAAUGGCCUCGGGGCCAACAGGGACCUUAUUCCCAACGGUCAACAUGGCCAUUAGCUUGAAGCCCACGUGGCUCCUGGGGCACAGUGUGCUCUGAGGGCUGCUGGAAGCCAGAGUUGCUUCCCCCCUCCAUCCCUGUGGCCUACAGGAGCUACAGGGACCCCCAAUUCUGCCCUCCCAUCUUUUUAACCACCAUGUUCCCCCCUUCCAAGAUGUAUUUAAAGAAAAUGUUGUUCACUUGUGUUGAAACGUUAAAUAUAGCAUCCCUAUGGAUUUUACUGCAGUUAGGACUCAGACUGGUCAAAGAUUUCAAAGAUUUCUCCAGAGAACCAUUUUAGUUCAGUUGUGUUCAUUCAUGUAUGUGAGCUUACUUGGUUGCAGGCCAUUCCCCUUGCCACCUUGUUCACCCUCAGGAUGGCCUGAGAAGUGCUAAGGUAACCCACUUUUUCAUGUGUGUUCAGCCACAGAAAGCAGCUCAUUUCUUCCCCAAAACAAUGAGUUUGAGGAGGCAACACGGAAGUGGCAGAAGUGAGUGGACCGGGCUUCCAGGGCUCACUGGCCACUUUCUGCCAUGGGCAGUUCUUUAAACCCUCCAAGCCUUGAUGCUUCAUCCUCUCCAGCAGGAAUACAUGAUAUUUGUCUUGCCUACCUCCCAGGGUUGGAGUAAGGAUAGAAUGAGAUAAUGGAAGUGAAAGUGUACUGUCCACUCUGAAGUGACAGGGACCUGACACUCAUUUCACUACAAUUCCAGCUCUAUUUGAGAGAGAAAAACCUUGUUAAACUUGGCACUGAAUGGGCCUGAACAAAAAGCACAAUCUUAAAAAAUUCUUUUUAAGUGGGUCUGGAGAUAUCCAGAAAUGGAAAUAUUCAGAAGGCUGUUUCCAUUUUAUCUGGUAACUGUAUGUUCGUUAGAUCCCCAAGGGUGAGUCUCAAAUUCCCCCCAGUUCUCUGCCCCAAGUCUCCUCCCCACCCUCGCCCUGCCUCUGGCCAAGGAGAGUGAGCCUGGGCCCCUUUCCUUCCUGUCUUUUGCUGGGCUCUCCCUUGCUUCCUUUCUAAGAGGCAAACUUGGCUACCACUGCCCUGAGCCCCUCAUUCAGGCCGACAGAACUGCCCAGUCAGCAGUGCAGUCCAUCUGGAGCCAGUCCAGGGGAGUCAGACCUAGGGCAGGCUGCUCACCGAGUUAUUAUUUUGCAGAAAGGCUGAACCUUUGGAGCAAGACGUGCAUGCGAGCUCCUGACCAAAGGGAAAUCUUGAAAACAGAAAGAGGUUGCAGCCUUUUUCCAUCUCUGCUGUCCAACCAAUCAGACUUCAUGAGAGUAAAACAGAACAAAGCAGAAGAUUAGAAAAUACCCCUGAGAAAUGUCCAAGGACAGGUGUUGGUCAAUGAUAGCUCCCAGGGUUUCCAACCCCUCUGGGAAGACAGAUUCAGCUAUGAGCCUUGUGGGUCAGUAGGGGGCUGGCGGGUCAGUAGCCCACUAGCUGGCAGCCCUCACAGGGGGUACAUCUGACCUCAGAGACUUCAGGGUCCUGCUGACUGAGGAGAGCAGAGCCUUGUCAGGGAAAAGCCUGAGCAGAAUAUGCAAACAUCCCCCUCCCCAAACUCACAGAUUCUUGGGCCACAUUUCCCACCUUUAUCCUCUCUGGCUCAGGGACCCAUAUUAUAAAGCCCCAGGGGACCCAGGGCUGUGGGAACUAGUAAAGACAUCCAUGUGGGCCCCACUGGAUGUGGCCUACAGCUUCUAGAAUGGGAAGGGCGCUGCGCCGCAAAGAUGUCUGUUUUUGUUUUU